CCAACCAGCAGCGGGGUAAACAUUAACCAGAGCCGUGGGUUUUACGUGUCCAAAUCAAGUUUUUACUUUACACAGCAACAUGGCGACGAGUAGCUCUGUGUGGUCCAAAGGACGAGAGUUUUACAGGUAUUCUGUUCACCUGCACCAAGCAAACAGGAGGUUUUCAGAGAACAGUGACAAAAGCUGGUUCCGUUCCUUAUUUGUGCACAAAGUGGAUGCCAGGAAAGAUGCCCACUCCAACCUGCUGUCAAAGAAAGAGACCAGCAACCUGUACAAAAUACAAUUUCACAACGUCAAACCAGAGUGCCUGGAAGCAUACAACAGUCUAGAGGCCGAGGUGCAAAACAGGCUCCAUCAGGACCAGGACUACCCAUGUGAGGUGGUGGGGAGCUGGAAUACGUGGUACGGAGAACAGGACCAGGCUGUGCAUCUCUGGAGGUACAGAGGAGGAUACCCAGCCCUGACUGAAUGCCUCGACAAGCUCAACACUAACAAGGAGUAUAUAGAGUUUCGGAAAGAGAGGGCAAAAAUGUUGGUUUCAAGGAGAAAUCAGCUGCUCCUGGAGUUCAGUUUCUGGAAUGAACCCAUGCCCAGACCAGGACCCAGCGUCUAUGAGUUACGCACCUAUCACCUCAAGCCAGGAACUAUGAUUGAAUGGGGAAACCACUGGGCGAGGGCAAUCAAGUACAGACAGGAGAACAGCGAAGCAGUGGGCGGGUUCUUCUCCCAGAUCGGUGACCUGUAUGUUGUUCAUCAUUUGUGGGCUUACGGGAGCCUCCAGUCCCGGGAGGAAACCAGGAACUCUGCCUGGCUGAAAGAAGGAUGGGAUGCAAAUGUGUAUUAUACAGUGCCUUUGAUAAGAAGCAUGGAGUCUAGAAUAAUGAUUCCCACCAAGAAUUCACCUUUACAAUAAGAAGACGACUGAAAGUGGGAACGUCUCUGACUUAAACUAAAUGACCUACUGCCAAAGCAACAUGUAGAUUCCUUCUUUAUCUGCUGGAUGAUCUGUUCUUCUUUUAAAUAUGUAAACAACAUUUGAUUUGCACAACAGCCAGUCAGUCAUGGGAAAAUAAUGAUGCAGUGUUUGUGUGCAUACAUCUUGAUAAUCCUGAAAUGUCCAUGUUUCCAGAAGUUUAGGUCAAAUAAUGAAAUGCCAAAUUAUAUCCAUUACGUUACUUCCAUGUAUGUUACGCUAGAGUGAAAAGUACAUAAUUGUUCAGCGCUAGGUGCCUGAUGUUUCCUGGCCUUUUGUUUUUAUCAUGAAUUCUCUAAGUGGACUGUUUGUUUGAUGAAGGAAAAGUCUCCACCCAGCCUUUUAUGAUUGCACUUUUAUGACUGGAUAUGAAUCACACUGGAUGAGAUCACACUGAGUUUCACAGCUGUGACUGUGAAACGCAUGUUUGGUAAAAUAAAACUUGUCAGACAGCA